AAUUUCUUUGAAAUCAUUUGGGAAUCUUGGAUUUUUCCACUUUAUUGUUGAAUUUAGCAUAAAUUUCUGUUGUUUUUUCUUGUAAAGAUUGGUUCUUUUCCAGAAUCUGAAACACCCCAAGUUUUGUUCUUUUGGAUUAUUUCUACUUCAUUUUGCAAUUAGCAUAGAUUUCUAUUUUUCUUGUAAAGAUUGGUUCUUUCCCAGAAUCUGAAACACCCCAAGUUUUUUUUUUUUUGGGAUUAUUUCGACUUCAUUGUGGAGUUCGCAUGAAUUUCUAUGUUUCUUGUAAAGAUUGGUCCUUUCACAAAAUCUGAAACACCCCAAGUUUUGUUGUUUUGAAUUAUCUCUACUUCACUGUGAAAUUGGCAUAAAUUUCUUUGUUUCUUGUAAAGAUUGGUACUCUCUUAAAAUCUGAAACGCUCCAAGUUUUGUUCUUCUGGAGUUCAUUGUGGACUCAGCAUAAAUUUCUCUGUUUUUUUUUGUAAAGAUGGGUUCUUUCCCAUAAUCUGAAAUACCCCAAGUUUUGCUCUUUUGUGUUCUUUUACUUUAUGUUAUGUGUUGAGUUUCAAUUAGGGGAAUCUUCAGGUACUCUUUCAGAUGGGGUUUUGUGAUAUUAAGAUGGGGUUUUGGGCUUGCUCAAUGACUUUAAUUAUUGUAGUGAUUAAGUUAUUGGAGCUCAAGGAAUAUAAGGGUAACGGGAGAAAAACAGUAUGGGAAAGAUUGAGUCAGAAAUGUUGAGAAAUCAGGUGAAAAUAUAGAAAGUUAAUCACUUCAUUGAUGAUGCAAUAUUGUCAUGGUUAUAUUACAUAAGUCUUUCUUCUGUAUUGAGGAUCAUCAAAAUAAACAAGAUUACUAUUUCGAUGGAAAAUACCAUUUACGGGGAUGUGUUUCAGAGAGUAUGAAAGAUUAAGAACUAGUGUGGAUGGUUAUGAUAUGUUUCUAAGCUCUUGGAAGCAGUGGCAGUGCCACUCUUGUCCAAGGGGUAUCAGUUGACACCCAUUUGAUGGAAAAUUACACUGUGUAGAUAGGUCAUUUUUUGUUGUGUACGUUAAUCCUGUUGGAUUCUUUGUUUGUUUACUUCUUUAUAUUUUGACUAUUCCUAGUGAAAAUCCAGGCUCCACCAAUGCUUGUAGGAACAGAAAAUGGUUGUUGGAACCCUGAGUUUAGGACACUCUCAUGUCUACUUCUUUGGCAUGUAUCAUAUUCUAGCUCUCAAUUUUACUUCUUUGGCAUAUAUCACACUCUUGCACAACCCUUUUUGCAUCAUCUAAUUGUUUAGGUCAAUUCGAAACUGCUACUGUCAAUUUGAAACUGAGUUUGGUUUCUAUUGAGUUGCUAGUUUCUAUUGAGUUGCUAGUAUACCUGAGUGAGCAGUAACGGCUGAAGCAUGCAUGAUUUCUAUAAGUUGUUUCCUGGAUUUAUCCGCGCUUCCAACCCAUGUUUUUCCUUGAUAUCUGAGCACCUUAUCCUGAAAAGUUACAUGAGAUAUAGGAUUUGGUCUACUGCUCAGGGAUGUAAUGGCCUUGAUGGUGUCAUCAUCAUCUGAAUAGUCGUCUAUGACUUCUUUAUUCAUGUUGGUUGUAUCUUGUUGAUUGUGUUUCAAGUAGACUGUUCUUCACCCCUUCUGUACAGUGCAUCAACUGGAUCAUUCUCAUCCUUUUUUCUUAUUGCAUUUAGAAGCUUAGUUUACAAUAGUUUUGGUCAACACUUUAUGUUAAGGUGAUGUAUUCAUCUUUGGGUUCUUCUUUUGAUCCUUAAAGCUGCAAUUUUCAGUCAUAAUGAUAACAUGAGAAAGGUGUAGAUAUUGCCUCCAUUUUAAUACAGCUAGUGAGAGGUCUAUGAGAUCUUUUUCAUAGGUUGAGAGACCUUGAUGUUUAAUGCUAAGUGUUUGACAAGGGAUUGCAAUAGAUUUUCCUUCUUGCAUCACCACAUCACCUAUCCGUUUAUUUUUAGUUAUGCACUUUCACAUUCAAGGUUUUGGUAAACUUCUGUAAUGCUGACCUAUCAAAAAAUCGAUAAUGCCAAACGUUGUGCCUCUAUCAUGGGUUUUUUGAGGUCUAGGAAUGCAGUGGUGGAUUCACAGAGUCAGUGCAGAAACAUCCCUUCUUCAGUAGUAUUGUAAGGGGUCUGUUGACCUUCCAUUACUUCUUAUAUGUCUUUCGUGAUAGAAUAUGAGGUCAAGGAAUCCCUUCAGCUCCUUGAUUGAAAAGGACUUUGGCCAAUUUCUUGAUAAUGGUGGUGUCUAGGCCAACUUGUGUUCAUCUCGACUAUUUUGCUGAAGACCUAUUAUCUUCUUCUCGCACAAGUUUCAAGUAACUCUGCCUCACCGAAGCUUAGGCUGAUGGAAAUCACCUAGUGCUUUUUGAGUCCAGUAGGAUUUAUGAACCCUGAUCAAGGUUUGCACUCACUUCAUUGGCCCCCAGGCUACAUCCUGGGGUGCAUUACUAUGGUCAAUUCUGCUAACUUUUCUCCAAGUAGCUCUGCUUGUUUGACCUCAAAGCCUUACCAUCUAGCUGCUAUGGUUCUUCACUUCUUCACCAGAGUUUAUAUAUCCAACCCCCAAGUACUCCCCUUGGACUUAUUUGCAGGCAAAUGAUGCUCACUUAGGAACUAAGAACAAUCUCCAUGUGCUGCAAAAUGAUCUGUAAGCGAGAAGCCGUAAACUAGAACAUCUAAGAAAACAAGGAUGAUUUCCUUAGGUAUAUUCCAAAGACCUCAUGCAUAAGGGACCAUAUUUGUAAAUUCAAAGCGGAUCACCCUGAAUUACCACCUACUAUGGCCCAAUGAGUAACCAUCAAGUUUGUACCUGAAUGAAUGGGCAUAAGGAGGACAGAGGGAAGGGCAUUCAAAUGCAAGGUGGGCUUGAACAUGGAAUUGGUGAAAUGAGAUAAUUGACAUUUUUAGGUUGACGCAACCAAUAGUAGUGCACCAUCAUCAUUAUUUGCUGAUAAAGAUAGAUGCAAGCUUGGUGGUUAUGACUGCACUCAUCGAAGGGCUUCCUGAUGCUGUUGCCAUUAGGUGCCUUGCACGGGUUCCAUUCUACCUUCAUCCAAAGUUAGAGCUUGUUUCCCACUCCUGGAGAGCUGCUAUUCAAAGUGCUGAACUAUUUAAAGCUAGGCAGGAGGUCAACUCAUCUGAAGAUUUUUUAUGUGUAUCUGCAUUUGAACCUGAAAACUUAUGGCAGCUCUAUGAUCCUACACAUGACCUUUGGAUUACUCUCCCUAUUCUCCCAUCCAACAUCAGUCAUUUUGCUCGCUUCAGUGUUGUUUCUACCGCUGGGAAGUUGUUUGUUUUAGGUGGUGGCAGUGAUGCUGUGGAUCCAUUGACAGGUGACCAAGAUGGAAUUUUUGCUACUGACAAGGUCUGGUCAUAUGAUCCUGCAACCCGAGCAUGGAGUCCACGUGAAUCUAUGCUUGUCCCUCGUGCCAUGUUUGCUUGUUGCGUGUUGGAUGGGAAGAUAGUCGCUGCAGGGGGUUUUACUAACCGCAGAAAAUCAAUAUGCAAUGCGGAAAUCUAUGAUCCUGAAACAGAUGUCUGGGCACAGUUACCUGAUCUCCAUCAUGCACACAAUUCUGCAUGCUCGGGAGUAGUUUUUGGUGGUAAAGUUCAUGUCUUGCAUAAAGGUUUGUCAACUAUUCAGGUUUUGGAAAAUUUCAAGCAGGGCUGGAUUGCUCAUGAGUAUUCUUGGCUCCAGGGCCCGAUGACUGUCAUUAAGGAAAAGCUUUAUGUUAUGAGCAAUUGGUUCAUUUAUAUGCAAGAAAGAGAAUCAAGAAGAAUGAUAGUUUCAGCAUCUGAGUUUCGUAGGAGAAUCGGGUAUGCUAUGAUAGGGUUGGGAGAUGAUAUUUAUAUAGUUGGAGGGGUUAAUGGACCGGAUUACUGGAAUUGUGACGUCCAAUUGCUGUCUGAUGUUGAUGUGUUGACCCUUGGAAGUGAGAGGCCAGCAUGGCGUAAGGCUGCUUCAUUGACAAGGUGCAGAGGGACAAUCCUUGGCUGCACACAGCUGAGAAUUUAGGACAUGCAUAAAUGGGGAUGAAAUUUAUUUCAGUGUUAUCGAACAAAUGCUACAACAAACAUUUGGCACUAAAGGCGCUGCUAGGGAUAGCGUGAAGUAUACUAGUGAAUAGGAAAAAAGUAAAUGGAGAUUACUAAUGGUGGAUGGAGUUUGAGGGUAAACAUGUUUUGUGCCUCGCCCUUGUCUCCUUUGUUGUGGACUGAGAAUGAUGGGAAUCCUAUCUGACAUGAUUUCUCUGAGUUGUCUCACCAGUGAUCGACUUUAUUUUACUAGCUGUCUAAAAGCUACGGUUAAUAAAAUACAGCGCCAAAAACAUGGAAGCAACAAGAUGUUCAGCUUUCUUUCAGCCUCCUUGUCUAGUGUGUAACCUGUUGCUUUCAGCUGCUGAGUUCUUAGAGGAAUGAAGUUCACCCUGACUUUGAGAACUGUAGAUUUUGACAUGAUAAAAUACAUGUAUUUGCUUAAGGAGCACUAGUAAUUUUUUUAAAAUUCUUUUAGUGUUUGUAAUUUGAGAUGAAUUUAUAUGGAGCGAUAUGGUCAGUGAGGAUUCAUAGUUGAUCUCAACUUGUUUGAAAUUGAGGUGGUGUUGUAGUUUGAGAUGGAUUAACUCGUCGCUCUACUUGGUUACUUCAAUACUGCUUUUGUUAUUAAAGAUGCACUUUUUGUCAACCAAGUGGGAUUGAAGCGUAAUUAUUGUUGUUA